CCGCCACUGAUUUUGCCUCUAAUUUCCCUCUACUCACACUCCCUUAGCUGAAGCCUGAAGCUCUCGCGUUAUCCAUUCCCUCUCUCACACUUUUGGCAUGGCCGAUGGGUAACUCCACCACCACCAUUGUCAUCAAACACGCGCUUUUACCCAUGGAAAUAACGAGACAACCAAAACUACACCCUUUCCACAGCAUCGUCUGCUCCUCCUCUGCUCCUAUACGGCGUCGGAUCAUCAAAACGAGCCUCCAGCUCGAGCAUCGCAAUCUUAGGCGCCUCACCUCUCGCGUAGUGGAUCUUACUCGCCGCAAACAACUCCACCAGAUUUUCGACGAAAUCGAGAUCGCAAAGAGACGGUAUGGGAAGCUAAACACGAUCGUGAUGAACGCAGUGAUUGAGGCUUGCGUUCGCUGCGGGGAAAUUGAAUCAGCUUUUAAGGUUUUCGACGAGAUGUCCCGGCCUGGGAGUUGCGGGGUUGAUGCUGUUACCUAUGGUACACUAUUGAAGGGUUUAGGUGAGGCCGGAAGAAUUGACGAGGCAUUUCAACUCCUUGAAUCCGUGGAACGAGGCAGUGUUUUUGGAAGGCCAAAAUUAUCAUUACCGGUUAUCCUGGGUCUGUUAAAUGCUCUAAUCAAAGCAGGAGAUCUAUUCCGUGCUAAUGGUCUUCUUGCACGAUAUGGUUUUCUGCUUCGUGAGUCUGGCAGUCCCUCUAUUAUGCUAUACAACUUACUUAUGAAGGGAUAUAUAAGCAUGGGCUUUCCGCAGGGUGCACUAGCUCUGCAGGAAGAAAUAUUACGCCUAGGUGUGGAGCCUGAUAGAGUCACUUAUAAUACUUUAAUAUCGGCAUGUUUAAAGGCCGAAAAGCUGGAUGUGGCAAUGAGUUUUUUCAAAGAAAUGAAGGAUAGAGCAUGGGAGUACAGCCACGAAGAUCUUUACCCAGACGUCGUCACAUACACUACACUACUUCAGGGUUUUGGGAAUGCCAAUGAUCUCCCCUCAGUUCAGAAGAUUGUGUUGGAAAUGAAAUUGCGUCAAGAUUUGUUUAUUGAUCGAACUGCAUUCACUUCCAUGGUUGAUGCACUUCUAAGUUGCGGCUCAAUCAAGGGUGCUCUUUGUAUAUUUGGAGAAGUAUUAAAGCGGGCUGGUGGGAAUCCAGGCCUGCGUCCAAAGCCUCACCUCUUUCUCUCAUUGAUGCGUGCUUUUGCAUCUUUUGGAGAUUACCGUAUGGUUAAAAAAUUGCACAAGCGGUUGUGGCCAGAUUCUGCUGGAAGAAUAACCAUAGCUGUUCAAGAAGAAGCUGAUCAUCUUCUUAUGGAGGCAUCUUUAAAUUGCGGUCAGGUUGAUUCUGCUAUAGAAGAACUCUUAAAUAUUAUAACAAGGUGGAAGGGCAUAUCAUGGACAAGCCGAGGAGGGAUGGUUGCUGUACGUAUAGAGGCCUUGUUGGGAUUAGAAAAAUCCAUUUUCAGCCCUUACAUUCUUCCUCUGGUUUCACCUUAUGAUCCAAUUGAGGGCAUCAUGUUGCCAUUUGAAGCAUCUCGACCACUGCUGGGUACCCUGGAUUUGAAAAAGGUAGUUAUGCGCUUCUAUAGGGAUUCAGUUGUGCCUAUUAUAGAUGACUGGGGCCGCUGCGUUGGACUAUUGCAUCGGGAAGAUUGCAGUGAGUUGAAUGCCCCGCUUAUUACAAUGAUGAGAAGCCCACUUGCUUGUGUUACACCCACAACAUCAAUUGGCCGUGUGGUUGAUCUGAUUCUGGAAAAGAGGUACGAAAUGGUGGUGGUCAUAAAGCAUGGCAACUCUUGUGGCAGUGCUAGUCACAGCGGGAGAGCUGUUGGUGUUUUCGGAGUGGAACAAUUAUUUAAGCUUCUUAUUAAACCUGCAUCACAUCUCCCAAGACAAGUAGUUUCUGCAUGUAGAAGACAACCUAGACGAGAAUAACAAAUUUUUUUUUUUUUUUAAAGAGAAAAAGAAAGAAAUAAAGAGAAGCCACAUUUGACA